AUGCCGCCGCACGCGCGGACCAGCGCCGCGCGGAGAGCGGUGGGCACCGCGGGUUCCGCGCGCAACCUGCGGUACUUCCCGCUGGUGGGCCCCGCCGUGCUCGGCGCGCUCUACCUGCUCUCGCUCCUCGCGCGCCGAGCGAAACCCGCCGCCGUCGGCGCAAGCACGCAGUGGCUAUCCAUAGCGUACCACCCCUCGGGCGACGGCGAGCUGCUGCUCCUCGCCCCCUCCGCCUCGUCCCCCGCGCCCCUCCCCGCGCCCUCCCCCCUGCCAAAGCGGCGGCAGCAGCGCCUGCAGCUGCCCGCCAUGGAGGUGGGGGGGGCGCGCGUGCAGGGGCUCGUGGUGGACGGCGCUGGGCGCACUGCCACGUGGCACGCAGGGGGGGAGGCGCAGGGCGUUGAGGGAGGUGAGUGCAAGUGGGUGUGUGGCGCGGCGUGCACUGCGUGCCACGAUGCAUUCUUAAAGCCCCUGUCUCGCACAUCUCUCCCUCAUGCCUCCUCCACAACCGCCCCUCUCACCGCCCUCUCACCAUCUCUACAAUCGCCCACCCUCUCCGUUCCACCUCGACACGAGCAGAUGACCCAGCCCGCGGGGCAGAACGCCUCUGCUGCUCCCGCGCUGCCCUCAGUAACGGUGAGGGCGAGCAGGCUGAGCGAGCAGGCGGUGGUGGUGACGUGGGAGGUCAGCUCGCCCCUGCUCUUCCCCGACGGGGUUGACUUCACCCUGCGGAUAGCAGACAAUGCGUCGGGGUGGUACGGCGGUGGAGAGCGGUUCAAUGCGGUGAACCAGAAGGGCAACGUGCUGCCCAUGUUCUCGUUCGACCGCUUCACUGACGACCCUGCGCAGCGCAGCUACAAGCCCGUGCCGUUUGUGAUGAGCAGCACCGGGUACGGCGUGUGGGUGCAGUCCUACGCCAACGGCUCCUUCAGCCUUGGCGCUCCAGACGAGCCGGAUGUGCUGGCCAUACGGUACAGGGAGCAGCAGCUGCGCGUGGUGGUCAUGGCGGGCCCCUCGCUGCUCGCAGUGCUCGCCGAGUUCACGCGCCUGUCCGCGCGCCCCGCCAUGCCGCCCGACUGGGCCUUCGCUCCCUGGAAGGGCCGCGACGUGCACUUCAACUGCUCGCAGGUAUUGGAAGAUGCGGAGAAGCUGCGGCAGCAGGGCAUACCGGGGUCGGUGAUUCUGAUCGACAGCCCGUGGGAGACGAGCUACAACGACUUCUCCAUCAACCGCCAGCAAUUCCAGGACCCGGAGGACAUGUUCCUGCGCCUUGAGGAGCUGGGGUUCUACAACAUCUUCUGGGCGACGCCGUUCAUAAACCGCGCCAACCGUGUGGACAUGCGCGGCAUCACGGCGGGGCGCGCUGCCAUCUUCGACGAGGCUGACAGCAAGGGCUUCCUCGUGCAGCAGGAGGGGGGCGGCUCGCAGAUAGUGAAGUGGUGGAAGGGCGAGGGCGGGCGGGUGGACUUCACGAGUGAGGCGGCGGUGGCGUUCUGGCAUGCGGCGAUGAACGCCACGUUGCAGUGGCCCACGGCGCGCGGCUUCAAGUGUGACGACGGCGAGGGCAACUACUUUCAGCCCGGCGCUGCCUUCCACGACGGCUCGCCCCUCUCCGUCAUGAAGACACGGUACGUGGAGGUGUAUCUGGGCGCCAUGGGUGCGUUCAUAGACAAGUACCUGCAGGGGGACGGGGUGCUCAUGGCCCGGAGUGGAUUCACCGGCACUGGCAAGUCGUUCGUGUGGGCGGGCGACCAGCGCGCCAACUGGAACCGCACGGAGGGCUUCCCGUCGGUGAUCAUGGCGGGGCAGACGGCAGGCUUGUCGGGGUUCUUCCUGUGGGGCAGCGACAUCGCGGGGUACUUCGGCAAGUCCAUCCACAAAGAGCUCUUCAUCCGCUGGGCGCAGUUCGGCGCCCUGUCCCCGCUGAUGCAUCAGUUCGGGCAGGCCAACAACGGCCCGUGGGACUACGACGCCAUAACGCUGCGCAUCUACCGCCGCUUUGCCCGCCUGCACAUGGCGCUCUUCCCCUACCUCAAGGCCGCCGCCCUCGCCAGCGCCACGCACGGCCUCCCCAUUCUCUGCGCCAUGCCUCUCUGCUUCCAGGGCGACCCCGAGGCUGCCUCCCCGCAGUGGCAGUGGCAGUACAGGUUCGGCCCGGACCUGCUGGUGGCUCCGGUGUACGAGGCUGGGGUGACGCAGGCGACGGUGUACCUGCCUGGGGGCAGCGCGUGGGUGCACUUCUGGGCGCCCACCGGUGUGCCCCUGCAGGGCGGGGCAGCUGUGCAGGUGCCCGUGCCCUUGCAUGAGACGGCGCUGUACGUGCGGGCGGGUGCGCUUAUAGAGAGUAUAGAGGAGGACGUGGACACGCUGGUGCCGCCCUCCGACAAGCUGCACCCCGAUGUCAAAACCAUCGGCAGUGUGCGCAUCCUGCAGGUGUGGCCGGGCAUACCUGCGCAGCCAUCAUCGCUGGCAUCGCUGCUCGCCCCCUUCCACGCCACGCUCACCGCGCGUCCCGUGCCGCAGGCACACGGGCGGCACCGCGUGGUGCUGCAGCUGCAGGCGAGGGAGCGAAUGGAGGUGUCGCUGCGCUUCAUGCACGGGCAGCGCCUGCGGCAGCCCAGUGUGCGGCGCAGCAAGCGCGAGCAGGUGGGCGUGGCGUGUGCGGGUGGCAACUACCUGGGCGUGGAGGGGCUGCACUGCGCCCUCGUGCUCGAGGCGGGGGUCACGGAGGUGGCGUGGGAGUACGGCGAGUGA